GCGGCGUCGGGCCUUGGGCGAGCUGGGGGAGGAGCGCGGCAGCGACGGCGGCGGCUCCCGAGGACGAGGGCGAGGAGGAGGCGGAGGCUCUUCUUUCCUCAUCCCAGACCCGGGAGCGUCCGGAACGCAGAGCCCGGAACUGGGGGGACGCGGCGGCUGCAGGGAGCGGGGGCUAGAAUCUCCCUGGGGAAAGACAUGACUGUCUGCAAUGAUACAUCCUGACAAGAAGUUGAUACCAGAGAAGGAAAAGAAAUUGACAGCUAGUGAACAGAAUUUUGGAUUUAUUACUUCCAACUAUAGACUUCUAUUGCCACUUUUAAAUUAGCAGGAUUCCCAGAUCUUGGACGAAGAUAAUUUCUUCUGGUUUUUGUUUGUUUUCUCUCUCUUUUUUCUUCCUUCCUUCCUUUCUCCCUUCCUUCCUUCCUUCAAUCCUUCCUUUCUUUCUUUUUUUUUUUUUUUUUUAAUUUGAUCGUGAGGAAACUGCAAUGUCUAGGAAACAAAGCCAGAAAGAUUCAUCAGGAUUCAUUUUUGAUUUGCAGUCCAAUACUGUCCUGGCCCAGGGAGGAACCUUUGAGAACAUGAAGGAGAAGAUAAACGCAGUGCGUGCGAUAGUUCCCAAUAAGAGCAACAAUGAGAUCAUUCUGGUCUUGCAGCACUUUGACAACUGCGUGGACAAAACAGUGCAAGCGUUCAUGGAAGGUAGUGCCAGUGAAGUACUCAAAGAAUGGAUAGUAACUGGCAAAAAAAAGAACAAAAAGAAGAAAAGCAAGCCAAAACCUGCAUCAGAAGCAAGUAGCAGUGCCCCGGACUCCAGUAAGUCAGCACCUGUCCAAGAGGAGCAGCCUGCAUCCUCCGAGAAAGGCAGCAUCAAUGGUUACCAUGUCAACGGGGCCAUCAACGACGCCGAGUCUGUGGACUCACUCAGUGAAGGUCUGGACACGCUGUCAAUAGAUGCCAGAGAGCUGGAGGAUCCCGAGUUUGCCACAGCAGAGACCCUGGACAGAGCUGGAUCUGUGCUGGAGAAUGGUGUCUCUGACUUUGAACCAAAAUCUUUGACUGCGCACUCUAUCUCGAAUGUCCAGCAAUCCCGGAACACUGCCAAAUCUCUGUCCAGAACCACCCCAGGAGCACAGGUUUCAAAUCUGGGAAUGGAGAAUGUUCCACUCUCUUCCACCAAUAAAAAGCUAGGUUCUAAUAUUGAGAAAUCGGUGAAAGAUCUCCAGCGCUGCACUGUUUCUCUUGCGCGGUACCGAGUUGUCGUUAAAGAAGAGAUGGAUGCGUCUAUUAAGAAAAUGAAACAAGCGUUUGCCGAAUUGCAAAGCUGUUUAAUGGAUCGAGAAGUGGCACUGCUUGCUGAGAUGGAUAAAGUGAAAGCUGAAGCAAUGGAAAUCUUGCUCAGCCGGCAAAAGAAAGCAGAGCUUCUAAAGAAGAUGACAGAUGUGGCCGUUCGCAUGUCAGAGGAGCAGUUGGUUGAACUCAGGGCCGAUAUCAAGCACUUUGUUAGUGAGCGGAAAUAUGAUGAAGAUCUUGGAAGGGUAGCCCGCUUCACCUGUGAUGUGGAGACUCUGAAACAGAGUAUUGAUUCAUUCGGACAAGUGUCUCAUCCAAAGAACAGCUAUUCAACCCGAUCUCGAUGCAGCUUGGUGGCACCUGUGUCCUUGAGUGGCCCAAGUGAUGGCUCUGCUGCUUCUUCCUCCCCUGAUGCCUCUGUUCCUAGCCUCCCAGGUGCUAACAAGAGAAACUGUGCCCCAAGAGAGGCCUCUGCAGCCAUGACAAACUCCAGUGACCGGCCCUGCCAGGCUCAUCGGGAGGUAUUUCCAGGCACCAGGAGAGGAGGACAAGGCUACCGGGCACAAAGCCAAAAGACCUCUGACCCCCCAAACCAAGGGCGGCAUGACAGUGUGGGCCGCUACAGAAACAGCUCAUGGUACUCUUCCGGGCCCAGGUACCAGGGUGUUCCACCACAAGCCCCAGGAAACGCUGGCGAGCGGAGUCGCCCUUACUCUGCAGGGACCAAUGGAACUGGAGCCAUCUCGGAGCCUAGCCCACCCAAGCCUUCGUUCAAAAAGGGGCUCCCACAGCGCAAACCAAGGGCCUCUCAGGCUGAAGCUGCGAACUCUUGAGGGGAAUUCCAGUUGGCCUCUCUUCUCUCCCAUCCAGUUCAACCUAAUAACUGGACUUUAGGAAAUGUAUACUUAGAUUUAAUAACAAAAAGAAAUUUAUGCAUAUCUCUUUGGACCAUCCUGAAUAUUUUUGAUUUCUUCUCUCCUUAUUUUUUGAAUGAAAGCUGUUCCCUUGGCCUCUCCUGGUGAUGUGGACUGACUCUGCUUGGUCGUUUUUCACCAGGGACCAGGGCAACUCUUGCCAGUUUUCCCAAAGGUGAGCUGCCUUCUUCCCAGUGCACCUCACCUCCAGCUGCUUACCACAGAGGCUCACGGGAGGAAGACUCUCGCCCUAGUCCCGCCUCCAGUCCAUUCGAAGCAGAUGCCACAGGUGCCUGCCAGGUUCCCACCAAUUGACUGUUUGAGCGGGGGCAGAAAUGAGGGGUUUUAUACAGUACUAGGUCAGCCAUAAAAGGGAAAUGUGUGUUCGUGAAACAGAGAGAGCACGGGGACAUCUGAGAACCUGCCUCUGUCUGGAAUGUGCCUGAGAUCUGACACUCGAGUCAGGGUUUCCGUCCCACACUUGGCACCGUACCUUAACCUGCGGUUUCUUCCAAAUGCCCAAAGCCUUGCUUCCUCUUAUCUUAGGCUGAAACCCAGCCUCAGGAAAUCUAUGUGAAAGUAGCAUUUUAAGUUUUUUAAAAGAAAAAAUGUUUUUCUUUGUUUCAGUGUUUGGAGAUUUUUGUUGUUUUCCUUCCCUUUCCUGAAUCCUGUUAUGAACCAAUUUUAUAUAAUAUAAUUAGUGUUAAUCCAAGGUGUUACUCGUCACCGUGGCUGCGGUCAUCUUUAUAAGUGAAUAAAUAAAAGCUAGUGCAUCACAUGA